GACAUUUUCAUUUAAUUUCAUCCUAUAAGAUUAAUCGUUUCUUAAGCACACAUUAGUGUAACUAGUAAUGUAUUUAUUUAUUUUUGUAGACAACUAUGAUUUUAAUAAAAUAAAGAUUAGGUGUAGCCUGUAGUAGAUAGGUUUGGGACUUCAGGAGGGAACAUAUGUAAUCAUAGUAUUAUAAAUUAUAGGUCGAAUUAGUAACUUGUCUAAAAUUUAAAUUUAAAAAGACACUAUUUGUCACCGAAUUAUAUCUCCGAUCACCGGAAAUUUUAUACCGGAGAAGGAAAAGAAACGUUGGCUGAGAGUAGUAGAAAUGGCUACCGUGAAGUUACUGACGCAGAAAACACUAAGAAAUGGGCCUUCUUCUUUCCCGUUAUUCCUCCGUGAAAGAAGACUGUUGUUUAAUUCCCUGCGAGCUUUCUCAAGUACAGGAGUUCUGUCUCCGCCGUCCACGGCGGUGGUUUACGACCAGCACGGUCCUCCCGACGCUGUUACAAGAAUAGCGCAGCUUCCCCCGGUGGAAAUUAAGGAGGAUGACGUCUGCGUCCGGAUGCUCGCUUCUCCCAUCAAUCCUUCCGAUAUAAAUCGAAUUGAAGGGGUAUAUCCGAUUCGGCCCCCGGUGCCAGCUGUGGCUGGUUAUGAAGGAGUCGGAGAAGUGCACUGUGUGGGUUCUGGAGUAAAGGGCCUUUCGCCGGGUGAUUGGGUCAUCCCGUCUCCUCCUUCUGCAGGAAUGUGGCAGACAUAUGUUGUGAAGGAGAAAAGUGUUUGGCACAAAAUUGAUAAAAGAAUCCCUAUAGAAUAUGCUGCAACAGUUAUUGUCAAUCCUUUGUCCGCCCUUAGAAUGCUUGAAGACUUUGUUGAUUUGAAAUCAGGUGAUUCAAUUGUUCAAAACGGGGCCACUAGUAUGGUAGGCCGGUGCAUCAUCCAGCUUGCACGUGAUCGAGGCAUUCAUACAAUUAACAUCAUACGAGAUAGGCCUGGAUCUGAUGAAGUAAAAGAGAAACUGAAGAAACUUGGAGCUGAUGAAGUUUUUAGUGAGAAAGAACUGGAAGUAAAAAAUGUUAAAGACCUGGUUAAUUUGCCCGAACCUAGUUUGGGACUCAAUUGUGUUGGUGGAAAUGCUGCUUCAUUAGUUCUCAAGUUUUUGAGGCAGGGUGGGACUAUGGUGACAUAUGGUGGAAUGUCAAAGAGACCUGUUACUGUAUCCACUGCAUCGUUCAUAUUUAAGGAACUUUCGUUGCGGGGAUUUUGGUUGCAAAAAUGGUUGGGUUCAGAUAAAGCGAAGGAGUGCAGAGUCAUGAUUGAUUACCUUUUGGCACUGAUUAGUGAGGGGAAAUUGACAUAUGAUGUGGAGCUUGCUCCAUUUGAGGAUUUCCACACAGCCCUAGACAAGUCACUUGGAAAGCUCGGAAGUCAACCAAAACAGGUCCUCAAGUUUUAAAACUUCUACCUUAAGAGAGGUUGUGCUUGUACUAUUCUGUAGGAGCUUCUGUUACUUGGGAGAUGUGGAGUUUACCGAUGGGAAAAAUCUGCUGCCCAAUCCUAGUCCAGCGCAAAUCCAAAAUCAGUUGGGAUUUAAAUGGGUCUGAAAUUUUGAUAAAGUCUGUGAGACUAGGAUUCAUACUUGAUGGUCAGGUUCAUGGUCAGGUUCAUCUUCUUUUCGUUGCGGUGUCCAGGGUCGAUACCAAUGUCUAUAAUCAAUAUAAAUAACACUUUUUUUUUCCCGCCCAAAAAAAUGUAACUAAACCUUCGUCCGGGUCUAUGGUAUUAAUAUUCCGGUAAAACUAAACUGUCUCGUUUCUUAAAUUUUACUCUACGAAUUGGAUUAUCGCAACAUGGGUAAAGAUUGUCUAUGACUUUCGUUUACUUCUUAACCAAAAAAACUCAGUAUAUAUUAUAUAAAAAUUUGUUGCGAAUUACCAAAGGCAACAUUUAUAUGUUACCCGAAUAGUUUAAGCAUGAGGCUCAGGAGGUAGUUUCUUUAUUAGUCAGUAUUAUUUUUUCAUUUCAAUUUUGUUCACUGAUUAAAGUGAGUUGGCAAG